CAAGCUUGGGAUGCGACCGGUGAAAUAUGUCAGACACAGUGCCUGUCGAUAUGAAGCUAACAGACUUAAAGAAGCUCAAAGUGGUAGAACUGCGUGUCAAACUGAAGGAACGGGGUCUCGAUUCUAAAGGUUUGAAGGCCGAUCUUGUGGCACGUCUUUGGUCUGCGCUCGAACACCAAUCUAUUACAGAACAACAACUUCCCAGUGGUGGAGAUCAUGGCUCGUCCGUUACUGAAGAAAUUCAUGUGGACGUAGAGGAACAGCAUGGACACAUAUCUGAGACAUUGCAAAAAGAUGUACAACCUUGGGAAACAGUUGUCACCGGAGCGACUACUAACAUCUGUUCUGCAAAGAGAGAUUCAACAAACCUAGAAAUCCAAACCUAUGUAACAAAUGUAACGUCGAUCUGUGAUAAAGAAAGUACUGCUGAAUCAAGUAACGUUACUGUUAAUGUAGAUUGCCAUGUGAGCUCUGAUCGAACAGUGAGUUGUGGCACACAGCAAAUAACAUUUCAGCAGCACGAGAUCGAAAAGUCGAGCAGCUCAAUCUCACCAGAUCCAGCUAAAGAGUCACUUUCCUGUCAUCUAACGACUUCCGACGUUCCUACUUCCGAGAUUUCCCACACAGCAGAAUGGGUACAUGACGCUACACCUGGAAACCACUGUCUUGUUGCUGGAGAAGAGGAUAAACCCAAGAUAUCAAGCCCCUCAUUUAUACACACUAACUCCAGUCGGGCAGAAGAUGAACAUUUACAGCAGCUGAAAAGUGUGGACACUAUUUCAUGUGGACCCACAACACCACUGAAGAAUCAGGGGGAAAGUCAAAGCAACAAAAGACCAGUGGAAGGCAUACGGGACAGAGGCUACUAUGAGUUCAAAGAGGAGGUCCAGUAUAACAGAGCCAAGAAUCCGGAGUUUAACACUGAGGUCAAUGAAGAUAAUAAAGUUGGUGACCAGCUAGUUGUGUUAGAUUCCUAUAACAGUGACCUGCAUUUUAAAGUGGGAGAGGAUGGAACGAGUGGGCAGCCUCUCUUAUGGGAGAAGUUUCCGCUCCUGUGGUCAGGAUGUAGACUGAGCCAUGGUGUACAAUAUGGGAAGGUCAGCUUUGAGAUCAAGUAUGUGAAAAGGCUGGUGCCCUGUGGUCUGGAGGAGGGGAUGGACCCUGAAGCCCAUGUCCUCAGAGUGGGCUGGUCCACAGACGACCCCAGUCUGCAGCUUGGUGAGACAGAGUUGUCUUAUGCGUUUGACAGCAGAGGCCGUAAAGUGACACAGGGAUGGGAAGUGGACUUUGGAGAGCCGUUUUCAGAGGGGGAUGUUAUCAGCUGCUAUGCAUGGAUCAGUGACACAGAGGAUUCCGAGCUCUCCUUCUACAAAAAUGGCCUCUCCUUGGGUGUUGCUUUUCGACUGGAACCCUCCCAACUGGAAGGCCACACCCUCUAUCCUCAUGUUCUGUGCAAGAACUGCUCUGUAUCCCUGAACCUUGACCCCGUGGGUGCUCCCUGGUACUGCGGACCGGUUGGGUUUACGCCCCUCCCUACCCUCCAACCUCACCAGAGGACUCGGGCUCCACAGCCUCCGGCAUCAAAGGAGGAGUGUGAGGUGGUGAUGAUGGUGGGCAUGCCAGGCUCAGGGAAGAGCCGCUGGGCCCGGGCCAUCAUGGCCGAGCACCCAGACAAGCGCUACAGCCUGCUGAGCACAGACUCAGUCCUGGCCUGCAUGAAGGGAGUGGGAGGUGCUGCUCAGAGGGAGGUGGCGCUUCAGCAGGCCGCUCAGUGCCUUACACAGCUCAUCAGGGUGGCAGCUGGCAGGAGACGCAACUAUAUCUUGGAUCAGGCCAAUGUGUACCUAUCUGCUCGGCGACACAAGAUGCUGCUCUUCGCUGGUUUGCGGCGGCGGGCAGUAGUGGUGUUUCCAUCGGAUCAGGAGUGGAAGAGGCGCCUCGCACAGCAGCAGAGGGACCAGGCCAAGGAAGUACCUGAGGAAGCCCUCCUCAAGCUCAAAGUUACGUUCACACUGCCAGAGACUGGAGAUCUCCUGGAGGAGGUGUUAUUUGUGGAGCUGCCAAAAGAGGAGGCUCAGGGGGUCCUGACUGGGUACAAAGAGGAGGCGCGGCAGGCCCUGCCAUCGCCACCUAAACGCAAGAAACCCAGACACAAACACAACAGAGCUCCUCCAGCUGGCUGGAGGCCGUGGAACACAUCCUACCGAAGGCACCCAGGGUGGAUGAACCAGCCUCCACUUGCCCCACCACCCUACUGGGGUCCACCGCCUAGACAAGACAUGUAUGGCCAACAGAGAUUCAGGAAUUACUACAGCUACCCUACUGCACAGUGGAAUCCAUAUUAUGGAGGCCCGCCAGGAUAUUUUACCGACCGAAACUACUCAAAUGGUGUUGGCCAAUGGUAUUAGUAAAAGGAAAAAUGAAUAAAUUCACUAUUUUAGUUACAACUGAAUCAGGGAUGCAGUCAAAAAGGUCAGCAGUGUGUGUAGUCAAGAAAACUAUACUGUAUUUCAGGUGAAAAAAAAGAAAUGUUUAUUGUUUAAGAAAACAUUUACCCACUGUUUUGGAAGUAAAUGCUGUUUAAAUGUCAUCACGAGGCCUUCCAUGUUAGUUGUUGGUUACAGCAUAGUAGUAAUUAUGUGUUAUUACAUUGUGUAAUAUUAGAACAGUUCUGAGUUGAAUGGUUUGAAGUUGGAGAUGGUUAGCAGUACCCCUGUUUAAAGAUGGAAGAUUCAUCUGCUGGUCUGAAAAGGGAGCCCUUUAGCUAAAUCAAUAAUUAGUCACAUGGUGCUUCUGUUCUGACUGAUCAUACAUUUGAUGUGAAGUUGCUCAGCUCACAUAUUAUUAUGCUGAGGUGAUGACAGGCACAGAUAUACAUAGAAAAACCAUGGCCGUAUGUAGUCACUUUAAGAAAUGGUUUUCAAAACAGAUAACCUACAACCUCAGGAAACAGAAUGAGUGUAUGAAAUUUUCUAAAUGACUGCAUCAUUGCUUUCAAGGAUGCAUAUUGAAUGUGUAUGAUUUUUUUU